AUGGCGGAAGCAGAUGAGGACAUACAAAAAGCUAGAGCCCAUGAGCUCAUCCUGGUGACCGCACACCGCAACAACGACUCAACCCCGACCUUAAUUCCGACAGAGAGCACCGGGAGGCCAAAGAUACCCUACGCGGCUUUUAGACCUUUCCUGGAGAACGAGACAGGGAUUGAUGAAUACUUGGCGGACAUUGAGCGUCAAUGCGCAUUGCACCAGAUCCCCAACAAAGAGUGGCCCACGAUAUUGUCUGGAAAAUUAUCGGGGUGA